AUGCAGAAGCCACACAAAGCGGAUACAAAACCCAAUCUGACCGCCAUCUUGUUUGGAGGACUGACAGCCAAGGAAAAUGAUCCUAAGAUGGCAGCGUCCAGCGCCAAAGGAGUCCUGGGCCCCCACAACAGCCGCAAACGCUUCCGGCCGCACUCCCUGUCCAGCUCCCCGGGGUCUGAGGAUUCGGCCAGUCCCUCCAGCUCUAAGAAAGCUGCGCUCCAUACACUCCGCCGGCCCCACACCAGGACGUCUCCCAGACUGCGCAGCAAGGACACGGGGGGCGCCAGAGAGUCAGCUGACACCAGGACAAAAUCCGGACUCCACAGCAGGGACACAGGGGGCAGCAGAGAGUCAGCCGACACCAGGACAAAACCCGGACUCCACAGCAGGGACACAGGGGGCAGCAGAGAGUCAGCCGACACCAGGACGUCUCCCAGACUCCACAGCAGGGACACGGGGGGCGCCAGAGAGUCAGCCGAUACCAGGACGUCUCACAGUCUCCACAGCAGGGACACGGGGGGCGCCAGAGAGUCAGCCGACACCAGGACAAAAUCCGGACUCCACAGCAGGGACACAGGGGGCAGCAGAGAGUCAGCCGAUACCAGGACGUCUCACAGUCUCCACAGCAGGGACACGGGAGGCGCCAGAGAGUCAGCUGACACCAGGACAAAACCCGGACUCCACAGCAGGGACACGGGGGGCGCCAGAGAGUCAGCCGAUACCAGGACGUCUCACAGACUCCACAGCAGGGACACGGGAGGCGCCAGAGAGUCAGCUGACACCAGGACAAAACCCGGACUCCACAGCAGGGACACGGGGGGCGCCAGAGAGUCAGCCGACACCAGCAUCAUCUCUGGCCCUGACCGGGACUACAUCCUGUUCAGCCCAGCACAGCAAGCAUCUAUUCUGGAGAAGCGGAACGGACACCAGCCGGGUGGCAUCGCCAACCUCUCCGUGUCCGUGCUGGCGCCCCCGUCUGGCCUUGACCGGUCACUGCUGGAUGCCAGCCUCACCGGAUCGGGCCUCCACAUGGCGGUGCCGGCCGAGCUGGCGGACAAGCUGCUGCUGGAGAGCUGGGGUCUGCCCCGCGCCGUCCUGGACACUUACGCCAGCCUGGGGGUCCGGCACAUGUUUGAGUGGCAGGCGGAGUGUCUGAUGAUGGGCCGGGUCCUGGAGGGCAAGAACCUGGUCUAUUCUGCUCCUACAAGUGCCGGGAAGACGCUGGUGGCCGAACUGCUGAUCCUGAAGAGAGUCCUGGAGACCCGCAGGAAAGCCAUCUUCAUCCUGCCCUUUGUCUCUGUCGCCAAAGAGAAGACCUUCUACCUGCAGAACCUGUUCCAGGAGGUCGGGGUCCGGGUUGGCGGGUACAUGGGCAGCUCCGCUCCAGCCGGUGGCUUCACCUCUCUGGACGUCGCCGUCUGCACCAUCGAGAAAGCGAACGGACUGGUGAACCGACUGAUCGAGGAGAAGAGGAUCAACAUGCUGGGUAUGAUGGUGGUGGAUGAGCUGCACAUGUUGGGGGAUUCGCACCGCGGUUAUCUGCUGGAGCUUCUCCUCACCAAGAUCCAGUACGUGACUCAGAAGACGGCCAAGGAGAGCGAUGGUGGUGCGGGGUCUAUGGAUGUGCAGAUUGUAGGGAUGAGCGCCACCCUGCCCAACCUCAGCCUCCUGGCGUCCUGGCUCCGGGCCGAGCUCUACCACACCGACUACCGCCCUGUGCCCCUCAAAGAGCGGAUCAAAGUCAACAAAACUUUAUACGACUCCUCCAUGACCCCGGUGCGAGAACUAGAGCCGAUCAUUCAAGUGAAGGGUGAUGACGACCAUAUUGUCAGCCUGUGCUAUGAGACGGUGCAGGGCGGCCAUUCCAUCCUCAUCUUCUGUCCAUCCAAGAACUGGUGUGAGAAGUUGGCGGAUACGAUCGCCCGCGAGUUCUACAACCUGUAUCAGCGGGCGGCGCAGGAGGCGGCGGGUGGCAGAGCUGAGCCGAGCGUCUCUCCGGUGGUCCUGGACAGGGACGGCAUACGGGACGUGAUGGGGCAGCUGAAGCGAUGUCCAGCUGGGCUGGACUCCAUUCUUAGUCGCACCGUUCCCUGGGGUGUGGCGUUCCAUCAUGCCGGACUGACGUUCGAUGAGCGCGAUGUGGUAGAAGGCGCCUUCCGGCAGGGGAUCGUCCGCGUCCUGGCUGCCACCUCCACCUUGUCAUCUGGGGUCAACCUCCCCGCCCGACGGGUCAUCAUCAGGUCCCCGCUAUUUAAUGGCCGACUCCUGGACAUCCUGACCUAUAAACAGAUGGCGGGAAGAGCCGGCCGCAAAGGGGUGGACACUGAAGGGGAGAGCAUCCUGGUGUGUAAGGCGGUGGAGCGAUCCAAGGGGAUGAGCUUACUGCAGGGGUCCCUGCGACCGGUCCAGAGCUGUCUGCAGCGGAAAGAGGGGUCGGGGGUCACCGGGAGCAUGAUCCGCGCCAUCCUAGAGAUCAUCGUGGGCGGCGUGGCGGACACGCCCAAUGAUGUGCGGACUUACGCCUCCUGCACCCUGUUGGCCGCGAGUCUGAAAGAGGAGGAAGAGGGGGAUGGGGAGGAGCACGGGGCCAUAGAGGCGUGUGUGGAAUGGCUGCUGAGGAACGAGUUCAUACAGGUGAUGGAGGAGGAGCGGGAUGGAGAGAAAGCGGAGGUUUAUCGCCCCACCAAGCUCGGCUCUGCCACCCUCUCGUCUUCGCUGUCGCCCUCUGAGGCUCUGGGGAUUUUUGCGGAUCUUCAGAGGGCAAUGAAAGGCUUUGUCCUGGAGAACGACCUGCACAUCCUGUAUCUGGUCACCCCCGUGUAUGAGGAAUGGGCGACCAUCGACUGGUACCAGUUCUUCUGCCUCUGGGAGAAGCUCUCCCUGUCCAUGAAACGCGUGGCCGAGCUGGUGGGGAUCGAGGAAGGCUUCCUGGCCCGCUCUGUGAAGGGGAAAAUUGUCGCCAAAAAUGACCGCCAGCAACGCCAGAUCGCCAUCCAUAAGAGGUUCUACACGAGUCUCGUCCUUUUGGAGUUAAUCAGUGAAGUCCCUUUAUCAGAACUGACUAAAAAGUAUGGCUGCAGUCGCGGUCAGCUCCAGUCCCUGCAGCAGUCCGCCGCCACCUACGCCGGGAUGGUGACGGUGUUCAGUAACCGCCUGGGUUGGCACAAUAUGGAGCUUCUCCUCUCUCAGUUCCAGAGCCGGCUCACCUUCGGUGUGCAGCGGGAGCUCUGCGAUCUGGUCCGCCUGGACCUGCUGAAUGCUCAGAGGGCGCGAGCUCUGUACAAUGCCGGAUUCAUUACUGUCAGCGAGCUGGCAAGAGGAAAUGUCAGCGACGUGGAGACGGCCCUGAAGAACGCGGUGCCCUUUAAGAGUUCCCGCAGAGCUGUGGAUGAAGACGAGGAAGCUGCCCAAGAGCGCCGUGCCGCACGAUGUAUCUGGAUCUCCGGAAGGAAGGGCCUUACGGAGCGGGAGGCGGCAGAGCUCAUCGUGGAGGAGGCACGGAGGCUGCUGAAGGAGGACCUGGCCAUGAUGGGGAUCCGGUGGAGUCCUGACACAAGCCUCGAUUCCACGUCUUCUGAGGACACGAGUGCAGAGUCCACCUCUGAGGCCCAGGAGAAGCUGCCGACCUCUGACAGGAAAUCCUCAGACGUCAUCCCUUCCCGUAAUGUGGAGAGUAGGGGUCCUGGGCCAAACUCCAAACUAGGGGGUAAUGGACUGGAAAGCCUGAGUAAAGCGGCAGCCGCAGAGUCCUCCGAUACCACAGGUGCUGGACACCUAGAGCCAAGUACAGAGAGCAUUAAGGAGAUAAAGGGUGAGGAGAUCAUCCUGGAAAGUUCUUCAGGAAAGCAUUCCAGGAGAGUAGAGGUUAAUACCUGUGAGGGGGCAUCAGUAGGCACCAGAGUAGAGGGCCCACCUAGUAAAUGUCCAGAUGACGGGAACCGCGCUGAUGCGGCCUCUGUUGUCAUUUUUAACACUGAUCACUUACAGUCCCAUGACAGUGGUCAAGGAUUGGGAUGUGACCCACUGGUUGUUGGUGAAGAUCCAUCAUCGAAAGGGAAGAAAGCAAAAGCAUGGGACCCCGAAAUAAGCGAGAAACCCAAUGGUCUCCUGAAGGAGAGUGCCGAUACAAAGACGUUCAGAGUCCCAACCAUCCAGCCUGCUUCCCUGUUUGUCAAUAACGCCCAACAAUCUGACUGUGAAGAUCUCACAGCCGCCAAGAACGCUGGUCCUGAGAUUAGUCUUGACAACAAUAGGACAAAUCCCAUAAAUGAACAAACGUCUAUCGUGAACAUGAACCCCAGUGUGUGCGGCGCGGACCCUCCUGGCAGCAGCCACUCUCCAGACUUGUAUGUCGCCUCCAGGACUUUCGAGGACAGUUUCCAGCUGGAUACUCAGACAGAGAAGUUAAUUCUGCAGCAGGUGCCCCAAGAACCCAAGAGGGAGCAGGGUGGGGCAGAUGUGACCCUGGCAGCUGUUCUGCCGACAGAUGGACUAAGCCAGGCCAGGACCGGACGUGGUGGUGGUGGUGGUGUAACCACGGCAAAUAGUGAGGAUUCAGACCAAGCAGAGCUCAACCAGGAGACAGAGAACUCUGUACAGAAGCCACUAGAUCAACCCAACAAGCAGAGUCCACCAGCAGGAGGAAGGGAUCUGUCUCUCACCGAUACACAACUCCAGGUUUUGCUCCAGUCCUACCACACGCAGGUGAAGAGUGAAGAUGGCAGUGCAGGUCCCAACACUCAUGUAGCGUCUCCUCCAAAGCAAGACGCCUCUGAAGAUAAUAAUGAUCCAGGACAACUCGAGGUGAAGGAGACCAGUCUGAACAUGAGCGAUAGCUUCCUAUUUGACAGCUUCAAUGAUGAUCUUGGUUUCUGCUCUAAGCUAGAAGAACCCGAACUUCUUUCUGUGUCUGAUGUCAAGAACGAAGACACGAAGCCUCAGGAGAAGGACCCCGAUCUCCUCCAAAUAAUUCCAGAGGCACAGAAAUAUGACGAAGGGUCCAUAAUGUUCUCUCAGCUGGAUUCUUUUCAGAUAGUUGAGGUUCUAGAUCACAUAGAUCAACAGCAGGAAGAGGAACACACAAGGCCAGAAGUGCCAGAUCCUGGGGCAGAAAACAGAGAAAAUAAGAAAGCGGUGAAGAUGGGAUCAGAGUGGUGUGACCUCUCCUUCAGCCUAACUCAGGGAAUGCAGGAGAUUUUAGAUCAGUGGCCAAAUGUCACGACCAUUGGUGGAUCCAACGGUGACCCAGGAGAUCCCGAUCAAAAGAUGUGCAUUGAAAAGGAGCAAGACGUCUGUGGACCAUAUCCUGGAAACGUUCUACACACUCCCUCCGCUGACCACCGCUAUAUAGACGUCAACACCCAUAAUUCUACUCCAAAUCCCGCAUCUGAAAGCGGCCAACAACCCAACUCCAGACCUGAGAGCAGAACAGACCUGGUCCCCUCCACUCCUCCUAGUGCCUGUACUUCCAGAGUAACUUUCCUGUCCUCUAUGAGAUCGGGCAUCAAGAAACCAAGACUGGACUCCAUGAAUGACCUGAGUUUCCUGUCCCAAGACGCUGACCAACUGUUUGGGUCACAGAGUGAAGUUCUGGACAAUCGGGCAGAAGAUCCUGGAGAUGGCUCCGUCAUUGCCGAGGACUUCUCCUUGCAGCUGUCUCAGGACUCGUCCAGCACUCAGGGGUUUGGUAUCAUUGAUGUGGCCAGUGACAGUACCCUCUUCCAGACAUUUCUGAAGGAAUGGAAGAACCAGAAGAAGUUCUCCUUGUCCUUGGCCUGUGAGCGGAGAACCGGGGCGUCCUCCUCCAGAUCCUACAUUGGGGGGAGGUUUAAACAAGUGCGGUCACCAGGAAAGGGUCAAGCCAAGGAAGAUGAUGGCCUCCACAUCCUGGGCUGGGACGACAUCCUGCUGGUGGGCCUAGCUGUGUGCUGGGGCGGGAAGGACGUCUAUUACCUGUCCCUACAGCAAGAGCAGGACCAGUCAGACAUAAGUUCCAGCCUGGCCCCUCCCCCUCUGGACCAGAACCUGUCCGUCAAGGAGCGGCUGUGGUAUCUGCAGUCCACAGUGCAGCAGAUGCGCCCCCCGGAGGUUGUCAUGUAUGACUUCAUUGAGCAGUACAAGGCGCUGGUCCUAGGCUGUGGAGCCGCCAUCAAUGGAAACUUCCAGGACCCAAAGGUCGCCUGCUGGUUAUUGGAUCCGAGCUCCAAGGAGCGAACGCUUCACAACAUGGUGACAAACUUCCUCCCACAAGAGCUCCCCCUACUGGAUGGGAUAAGUAGUGGUCAGGGGGUGCAGAGCCUGGGCCUCAGUGCCAUUAGUGACCAGUCCGGACGUUACCGUGCCGCCAUAGAGUCUGUCUUGGUCUUCAGCGUCAUGAGCACAUUAUACCACGUACUGGAGAAGGAGAACCUGCACGGGGUCUUCAGCAGGGUGGAGAUGCCAUCACACUACUGCCUGGCGCUGCUGGAGCUGAAUGGCAUCGGCUUCAGCACUGAGGAGUGUGAGACCCAGAAGCACAUCAUGCAGGCCAAGCUGAACGAGCUCGAGGCCCAGGUGUACCAGCUCGCAGGGCACAGCUUCUCCCUCACCAGCCCCGACGACGUGGCCCAGGUUCUGUUCAUUGAACUUAAACUUCCCCCGAAUGGAGAUCUGAGGGGUCCGGGAAACAAGAAGUCUCUGGGGUACACCCGGCGGCCAGCGCUGAAGGGGAACAGAGUGCGACUCGGCAAACAGUUCAGCACCACAAAGGACGUUUUAGAGAAGUUGAAGCCUCUGCACCCGCUGCCGGGACUGAUCCUGGAAUGGAAGAGAAUCACCAAUGCCAUGACCAAGGUGGUGUACUCACUGCAGCGCGAGAAGACCUUCUGCCAUCACCUGAACAUGGAGCGGAUCUACCCUGUGUCCCAGACUCACACCGCCACAGGCAGGGUGAGCUUUACUGAGCCCAAUAUCCAGAAUGUGCCCAAGGACUUUGAGAUCGAGAUGCCGCGUCUGGUUGGAGAGAGCCCGCCAUCACAGGCCGCCGCCUCCACCGUCUUCUCCAAGCAGCGGGGUAAGAAGACCCUUCACAGGGCGGUGGUGCCGGUGGAGCAGAUCCCGCUGGAGAAGGGGAUGUCUUUUUCGGUGAGCAUGCGGCACGCCUUCGUCCCAUUUGCAGGGGGGCUGAUCCUGGCCGCAGAUUACUCUCAGCUGGAGCUGCGGAUCCUCGCCCACUUAUCCCGCGAUCGUCGCCUUAUCCAGGUGCUGAACAGCGGCUCAGACGUCUUCAGGAGCAUCGCAGCCGAGUGGAAGAUGAUGGAGCCGGACGCUGUGACGGACAGUAUGAGGCAGCAUGCCAAACAGAUUUGUUAUGGAAUCAUCUAUGGAAUGGGGGCAAAAUCCCUGGGCGAACAAAUGGGGAUAGAGGAGGAGGACGCCGCCUGUUACAUCGAGUCCUUCAAGGCCCGGUACACAGGUAUUCAGCGGUUUCUGAAGGAGACGGUGAAGAAUUGCGCAGUCAGAGGGUUCGUACAGACCAUCCUGGGCCGCCGCCGAUACCUGCCGGCCAUCAAGGACCCCAAUCACCACGCCAAGUCUCAUGCGGAGCGUCAGGCUGUGAACACCACCGUGCAGGGCUCCGCCGCCGACAUCGUCAAGACCGCCACCGUGAACAUCCAGCACCGCCUGGAGGAGGCCUUCCCCUCCGCACCCCGAUCCCACGGUCACCGGACACUUCCCCGGCUGACAGGACAAUCCAUGAGAAAAGAGAAUCCUUCCCCCCCGAGACGCGGAGGCUUCUUCAUCCUGCAGCUGCACGACGAGCUCCUGUACGAGGUGGCGGAGGACGACGUCAUCCAG